ACACCGGACUCCAGUUAGUUAGUUAUACAAGUCAAUAGAUAAUCAAAUGUUCAUUUGAUUCGGUCGGUUUGAUGGCUACGUUGGUGUAGUUACUGUAGCAAAUAACUAGAAGAAGCUUUUUUUUUUUUAUUUUUUUAUCCGUUUCGUUCGUAAUAUUCUUCCCUCUAUAUAUGUGCAUACGAGUGCAUAUGUAUAUUUAUUGCAAUUAAUAGCUGCAGUGUGGCAGUUGUAACAAACAUGCACGCAACACAAAUUCAGUAUAGAAAUCUUCAAAUGUCAUACGGGCUAGCGCUUUGAAAUAUGUAAAAGAAAAAAGUGCUUUACCAAUAGAGAUGUAAAAGUCAUUAUAAAUGUAUAAUGAAAAAUAAACACUACUGACUUGUUUGCGAAGAUGCCGACAUAUCGAAUGCGAACUGGCAUUUGAUUAAGCAGUAAAAUCGAUUUAAUCCGAAAUAUAUUAAAAAACGACCAUCGUUCAUAUGAUCCCAUAUGCUACGAAUAGGACUACGCUGAGGUGCAUAUGAAGUUAUUGCAUAUGACUCUUAGUAAUUAUCGAAAGACGUGAAAAUGCCCACGCCGUAAUUCACUCACUUACUCAUACAUGCACAUUUCCCCAUGAGUAGAGGAAAAAGUGACAAAAAAAAAAAGAAAACUUUAUUAUAAUGUACGUAUGUGUGACAGCAUCAACAUGUUGUAAUUAUUAUUGAAAAGUAACAAUAAUAAUAUUUAAUAAUAAGGAUGAUAAUAGUAAGCAAUAUAAAGCAGCCAUAAUGUGAUUUUCUUUGCUUGGUGGCACUUGAUGUUUAUAAGAGUCAAUAGAGCUAAAUAAAUCUAUGGGGAGAAAAGGCAUGGACGACAGCUUAACAAUAUCAAUGACGCCAGCAACAAGUUGAUUUUCUCAUCGAAAGUUAAGUUCUCACUUGAUAAAUCGAUUAUAAUAACCAUAUUAACAUUGCAACAAAAAUAAAAAAAAAAACAAAAAAGGCGAAAAAGGCGAAAGAGGAAAAUGUAAAAUGUAUAUAGGAACUAUAAACUUCGCUACAUAUAUACAUAUUUAUAUAUAUACGUAUAUAAAAGCCAUUAGCCAUUUCAGAAAUACAGUCAUUUUUAUACAAGUUUGCACCAAGUGACGCGUGUCAUAGUGACCAGCAAUAAAUAGCAAGUGUUAAUUAUUGCCUUGUUUUUACUGAGUGGGAGUAAGUAAAGUAUUUGUGAAAUAAAAUUAAUGGCAGCAGCAACUGCAACAACCAACUUGGUUGACUUUACUGCUACUAAUACUACUACUGUCACCGCCACUUCUACUGCUGCAGCUGCUUCUAGUAGUGGUGGUAGUAGUAGCAGUAGUAGUAGCAGUAGUAGUAGUAGUAGUAAUAGUAUUAGUAAUAGUAAUAGAAAUAAUAAAGAAGCCACUCCAGGGAGCUCGGUUGUGUAUACGAAGCAUAUUGUUGAUGCCAGUCUUACAAAAACUACAGGCAGUCUGUGUCUGACAUCAUCAGUAAAGGCAACAGAUGAAAAUGCCGAUUCAUGUGAUGAUUUCAUUCCGGCACAAAAACGGGCUUAUAUUAGACAGAUAAAACAGGUUGACAAUAAAGCAUGUAAUGCUCCAAAUUUGCUUAUGGCAACGCUUGGAAAUGAAAUGCCAUCGCAACUUAUCGAUAAUAGUACACAAACGGAAGAACUAGCGAAUUGCGAUUUGGCUAAAGAUGCUUUAGCAGUUAAUAGCGUAUGCUUGGAAGAAAAUUCUCAAAUAAUUUUCAGAAAUUCUUUAAAAUUAUCUUUAGUUAAAGAUGCAUCCGAAAAUUUAAUGAGCUGCGAUGAUAAAAGACUUAAGAAAUUAAAAUCUAAUAAAAAUCGUAAAAAAAAGUCGCGAAAAAUUUUAAACGCAUCGAAAAUGCAAUUAAACGAUUGCGAUAAUCAAACGAUAACAAAUAACGAUUAUCAUGAUUCUUCCAUAAAAACGUUGACUGAAACUAAACCGUUAACCAUGAGUGCAAUUAAUACAAAUGAAAAUAUGAAAAAUAAUAAUUUAUCGAUAACUAACAAAAAUCGUUGUUAUAAUCAUGAAAUUUUACAGAAAUCAUUACAGUAUCAUAGCUUAUCGCGAAAAACCUAUUAUGAUGAUACCAAAAAUGAUAGCUUAUCCGUAACAAAUUGCAACAAUGAGAAAAUGUUAGAAGAGACGCGUGUCGAACGUGACGAAUUAAGUAAUCGGGUACAAACAGUGAAAAAUUCGAAAAAUUUCAUUAAAAUUAAAUCAAGUAAAAAUUCGAAACUCAAGAGCAUUUCGAAAGAGGUUCAAAAAAAUAGUGAUAAUUUAGUGAUAACCGAGAAGAGUAGUGAAAAUAAUUGCGAAAAUGAGCAGAUAUCUGAUGCAAGUACACAAAAAUCAAAAAUAAACCAUAAAAUAAAAUUAUCGGAAAAUGUUAAUACGGAGCAUGAAAGCUUGCAGAAUGCUGGUGCGAAUAGGGCGCAUUCAGAAGCGAAAGAGUGCAAAGAAAUUUCUAAAGUGUCAAAAGCAGAUCUUGCUAAAAAUUCUUUAUCAUCACUAGGCAACGAUGUCCAAAAUCAUGGCUUAGUAAUAACGAGAAAACAUUCCUUAGAAAAAUGUAAUUUAAAGGAAAAUGAUUCUGAUCUAUCAGCAGGUGGUAGCGAAACGCAGAUUCCAUCAGUUAAUUUUGAACAGUCGAAUGUUGUAAUUUCAAAGAAUUCAAAUGAUAUUCUGUGCCAUGAAAGUUGUUUGUGUACGCAAGAAAUUCAAGUCGCAGACAGUUUAUCGAAUUUGACAAACGGCUUUAAUAUCGAUAGCUUGCAUAAUUUCGUCGAUGGGAAUUGCGUUCAGAUAGAUAAUGAGAAUGGUAAUGAUGAUGAUAAUGAAGAUGAUGACUUACCAAAUUAUUCGGGCAAUUAUGUUUAUGAAGAACGUAUUAUCGAUUAUGAAAACUUACGAAUAAUCGAACAUGUUAUCGAUUCUAAUUACCAAGAAAAAGGUAAAGAAUCGAAAAAAGAAUCCGUAACGAAGCUUAAGACUGCGAAAAGUAUGAACAACCAUUUUAAUUAUGAAAACGAAAAUAAAGCAAAAGCUGAAAAAGAAAAUAAUUUAUUAGGGAGGAAAAUUAUUGUUGUCGGUGCAGGUGUCGAAAAUCAAAAUAAUUCUAAACUCGAAUCAAUUCUCAGAAACGAUGAUAAUAAUAAUAAUAAUAAUAAUAAUAAUAAUAAUAAACCGCAAAGUUCCAUUUUGUACAAAAAUCCUUCGCUAAAUUUUUCUUGUUCCGACUUGGUGGCCUUUAUUGGAGAAAGCUAUAAAUUUAUCGAUAAUCCUCAAUUGUUUUACGAUAAGGAUAACGCGGACGUUCACACCAUCAAAAAUAGCACCAAUUGUGACAAAACGCCCAUUGAAACGCGACCUUUGACAAGUUCCCCUUUUAAGCGUACGAAACGUUCCUUAAACGCGAAUAAUCAAUUUGGCGGUCAUCGUUCGGUAGACGAUAAUAACAAUACGCGUCGAUUUUCCGGUUUAACACCCGCUGAACGUUUACUGCAAAGUCUGAAUUGCGAUAAUGUAAGAGAUCGCCGUUUAAUAAAGCAAGAAAAAGCAAAACUAUCACCCACUCUAAUAGCAUUAAAAUCGAAAUUAACACCUUUGGCACCGCCAUUUCAACCGGCAGCUGUUAAAGCAAAGCUAUCGGCCGCAAUUGCAGCCACAAGCACAGAUAAUGCGGUUGCCGUGGUUACCUCAAACACUUGUACGUCUUCUUCGUCGACCUCCUUAACAAACAAUGCCUUGUAUUCGGUUGAGCAAACUAUGGUGUAUUAUCGACAACAGCAUCAUCACUCUCAGCAGCAGAAAAAGUAUUCGCCAUCUCAACAGCAACAACUACCAGUUCAACCUCAAAACUGUCAUACCUUGAGCACGGUGACGUCAGUAGCCCAGCAACAGCAACAGGUAUCGCCUUCACAAACGACACAGCAACAAAAAUUAUUCUUAACACCUCAUCAACAACAUUGUGCGCAACAUAUUUUGGCCAUGAGUCAGGGUAUACCUCACAUACACAUACAGUCCGCUAUAACUAACUGUAAUAAUGGUAAUAACAGUGAUAUGACGACAAAUCAGCCCCAUACUCAUUUUGUACCGGUGCAACUAAUUCCGACGGCGGGUGGUCUGCCGUCUUGGCAGCCGGUAGACGCGCCACCCAUUUAUAUGGAUGCCAAUGGGGAGUUGCGUACGUUUUGCCCAGCGCAUGGGCCACCAGCCACGGCUGUCGCUGUUGGCCAUAUGACGCCUGUAACGAGUCAAACACCAGCUUGCGUUGCUACCACUUUAUUACAGCAGGCUAGCAAUCAUGCACCAAUAAAUUCUAACUACGUUACAUCAAAUGUUCAUUAUCAUCAUCCAGCUCAACUUCAUCAUCAACAGUCUAGUUUGGCGGCAAAUUUGGGUACAGAUACAAACGGCUCGGGCAUCGCUUUAACUGCUUCUAAUUCCGCGAAUUCGAGCUUCUCUUCAUUACGCAUGAAAACACCCCAAACACUCGCUUUAGCCAGUAGCGGCAAUAAUUGCCUUAUGAACACGACAAACUAUUGCCCAACAUCCCCAACAGUGGGCAACGCAACAUCAAGUGUAACAGCAGCAACGGCAACACCAUCUUCAUUAUCAAAUUUAUCGAAUUCUGGUGCGUCUCGUGUUCUUGUACAAUUGGAUGCUGCUGCUACUGCAGCUGGCAUUUCAUUGCCUUUGCAACUGGCUGGCAAACGCAAACUAUUUCGAGGCCCGACUACGGUUCAAAUGGUUUCGCAAAAUCGUGCCCCUCCGCCACCUAUGCCAGUACCUGUACAAGUAUCACAAGGACAGGUAAUGCAGCAAUAUGUCAAUGAGAAUGGCACUCUGACACAUGUUGUAUUGUCACCGCAACAAUAUCAACAAUUACAUGCUGGCCAAGGACACAUACCUCCACCAUUUUUAACGGCAAAUGGUACCUCACAUUUCUAUACGCCAAUACCGGGAGGUUUUCCGCCCGGUGCAGCAACCUCCGCUCCAGCUCACUUUCAUAGCGGACCUCAUGGACCCCAUUUGCAAACGCAGCCGCCACAGUCAGGAACGCCGCAGCCCCAAACACCGCAACAACAACAACAACAACAACAGCAGCAGCAGCAACAGCAGCAGCAAACAGCGUCAAAUGCGCAGCAAAGUUCGCCAGCUCCACAACAUUCCGCCAAUCAUUCACCAUCAUCGCCAAGUAAUUAUCACAAAGAUGAACGUACACAAAGACAGCAUACAAAACUAUUACGAAAAUUGGAAAAGCAAAGGGAAUACAAUUCUGCUGUUUCAACGCCAGCUCAUUCUCCUUCUCCACGACGACAUGAAAAUCAAAUGAAUGGGCACAACAAAAAUAAUAUGCGUUCACAUCAGAACACCAGUCACCAUAAUCAAAACAAUCAUGGACGUAAAACAAAUCAACGCAAUAGUAAUUCGAACAAUAAUCACAAUUCAAACAGUCGCACUGGUGCGAGUUCAGUAAUGGGUUCUUCCGAAGAUGGUGAAGACAAUUCAUCGAUGGGAGGUAUCACCGCCGAUGAUGACGAGGAGGAAGAUUAUCAGAAUGCGAUCAUUGAACAAUUAUCCGCCAUACAAAAGCCUGAAGUCACCGAUGUAACAUCUCGCUCGGCGAAAAUCAUUUGGGAAGCUCCACCCUGUCUCAAUGAGACCACGCAUCAACUCAUUAAUAUGAGGGAAUUACGUUACAAUGUCUUGCUCAGUGAUCGAGCUAAGGAAUGCAAAUAUAAAAGUCUGUAUAAAGGUUCCUCUUACGAUUGCAUCGUCCAGGAUUUACAGCCGGGCCAAGAAUAUGUGGUACGUCUCCAGGUGCAUUAUGAACAUUUGCAAGGCAAUGCCUCGGAGCCCACCGAAUUUACUACGCCCGCUUGUGAACCCGAUCAGCCUUCACCUCCUCGCUUGGUUAUGCGCACAAAAAACUCUCUGCAUUUACGUUGGACCAAUCCAGCCUCGAAUGGCUCCUCUAUUCAACACUACUUACUUGAGUACGAUGAGGGUAAAACUGGAGCGCCUGUUGCAGCCGUUCAGUCCGCUAUAAAUUUUGUCGAGGCUGUGAAAUCGAAAAAUAAACAGUAUAUAAUGACUAAAUUGCAGCCCUCAACCGUAUACAAUUUCCGCCUGGCAGCUGUUAAUGAAAUGGGUCCAUCCUUAUAUUCGCAUAUAUGCUCGUACAGCACAGCCGAUAAUCCGCCGUCGGCCCCUAAACCUCCUACCUUACAAACUGCCAGCUCUUCUGCAUUACGUGUUGUGUGGGAACGCCGCCAAUCGGACGGCGCGGCAUGUGUCUAUGUCCUACAAAUGCAGAAUCGUGAAUCGGGACAUGGUUAUCUAAAUAUGUACAAUGGUCCUGAUUGCUCAUACGAGUGCUGUCAGUUAAAAAGAGCAACAGUAUACUACUUUCGUUUAAGAGCAGAAAAUGAAGCGGGUGCUUCGCCUUGGUCAAACGAAGUGACUUACAGAACUGCCGCUGAACGUCCAGGCCGACCAGGAAAACCGCAAGCCAAAGGUAAAAUUCACGGUACCCAUUUUCGGGUGCGGUGGGAACCACCAUCCGACAAUGGUGGAACAGACGUACAGCGAUAUUUUCUUGAAAUUAAUGCUGGCGGUGUAAAAUUCGAACGCAUUUAUUCUGGAGUUGAGCCUGAAACCACUUGUGAUCGUUUGCAGCCGGGUACUACAUACCAGUUGCGAGCCUCUUGCGAAGGCCCAGGUGGCAUCAGUCCCUAUUCCGAGGUGAGUCACAUAACUUCUGAACCCAUUGUACCUGCCGCUCCGCCUCAUCCAUAUUAUGAUAAUCCGCCCGGGCCUUACGCAGCUGUACUUCGCCUAGAAAAGCCCGAAUACAACGGAGGGGCACCUAUUCUGGAAUUUGAACUGCAAUUACGAAAAAUAAAGGACUAUACGGGAUCUGAGACUGUGUGCGCACCUCAAAUUAUUUACAAAGGCAAAGAUGCUUAUUGUGUGGUUAAGGAUUUGCAACCGGGCUGCACUUAUGAAGUACAAUUGAGAGCAAUUAAUCGAAUUGGCGCUGGUGCUUGGUCGACAUGGUUUCGAUUUGCUUCAGCGGCGGCUCCUCCCAAUUCACCUGAAGCUCUGCGGGUAGUAGUCAAGUCCUCCACUCAUUUGCACGUUAGUUGGCAAGAGCCAAGCAAUUGUGGCGGUGCACCUAUAAUUGAAUACCGUCUAGAAAGUGCCACCGCUCCUGCCACAGCCCUUACUGAAGCGUCCGCUCCGCCUCCGCCACCUUCCGCAGCCUUUCAUCCCUGCUAUCAGGGUUUGCAAACAAGUACAGAUUUGCGCAAUUUGAUGCCUUUUACUUUAUACUAUUUUCGGGUCAACGCCUGCAACAUGGCUGGCGUAAGCAAAUGGUCACCUAUGGCAAAUGCCCAAACUUUAGCUGCUGUGCCUGCUGCUCCUCAAAUUAAAGAUUUCGAAUUCACUUCAAACGAAGCCACUCUCCGAUGGAUUGCACCCGAAUGCAAUGGCUCCGCCAUCACAAAUUAUUCCAUCGAAUGUGCCGACCAAACGAUAACUACGCCCGAUGCCAAUACAGAAUAUACAAUCGGUGAUUUGAUGCCGGAAACGGCCUAUAAAUUUCGCGUGCAAGCUGUCAAUGUUAUAGGUCCUGGUUCCUAUUCGCCGUACGCCAAACUUACUACAUUGCCGUCGCCUCCCAUACCGCCGCAUUUGGAAUGUUCAGGCAUGGGGCACAAUUUCAUUAAACUCAAGUGGGGUGAUGGCCGUAAUUUAGAUUUCACCAAGUUUUACGUAGAAAUGUAUGUGCAAAGGGCGAAAGAAUUUCAGGUAGUAUACUCGGGCACAAAUUGCAUGUGCAAAGUAAACAAAUUACAGGAACGUACCGCCUAUACAUUUCGCAUAUGUGCUGGAAAUGAUAAGGCUGGCGUUGGCGAAUAUUCGGAAGAGUUUAUAUUCUCCACUUCAACCACCUUGCCUGCAAGCAUUAAAGCACCAAGAAUUGCACAAAAUAUAGGAAUCGGUGGAUCUUCGUCCGGUUUAAACAGUAAUAGUGGUGUACCCAACAGUGGCUCAUCAUCCACCAAUAGCAAUAUAAUACCAUCAGGCCUUCUACCCGAAACUCCUAGUUUUAUUACUGGUUUCGGUAAUUUGAUGCUCGGUGUUCCUGUUACACUUGAAUGGCAGCAUUCCAAGAACACCUUUACAGAUCGAGUGGAAUAUAUGCUGCAGUAUGCGAUUGGCAAAGAUGUUGAAUUUAAAAAAAUCUACCGCGGUAGUGAGACCAAGUUUACUAUUGAAAAUCUGGAACCGGGUGGUAUCUACCAGUUUCGUGUUUGUCCCAUACGCAUUACGAACAAUGGAGAAGACCUGGCGGGUGCCUUUACGACGCCAUUCCGUUAUCAAGUGCCACAGUUGCCGUCACUGGACGAGAUCGAUGGCAAUAUAUUGAAUAAUGCAGCAGCAGCGGCCGGAAUGUUCGCUAGCAUGAAUGCCAACCACGCAAAUGGACCAUGUCAUGGUCAUGCACACCAUCACGUUCAUCACUCUCAUCAUGCGAAUCAUCACAGUCAUCAUCACAACCCACACACGCACCAUAACAGCAGGCCACACAAUAGCACGUCUGGUUCAACGUUGCAUCAUCGUUCGGUAUCAGCUUCAGCUACAUCGGGCACCAGCUCAGGUGUUGGUUCCAGCAAUAAUGCUACCAACAGCAGCAAUAACAACGCUAAUAACAACAGCUCAAGCAAUACUGCGAAUAACAGCAAUACUUUACUUAUAGGCAGCAAUGCAAUUGGCUUUAUACCACUGGGCACUAUGGCUAGCGAAUUGGCUGCCAGCUUUGCCGGUUGUGAUGAUCCUCACUAUCAUCACCAUCACCAUCAUCAUCAUGCCUUUCAUGACAACACCAACACUCACAAGCAUUCCUCUCCUUCAAGUAAUGCAAAUAGUAAUAAUAGUGCCCAACAACAUCAAUCGGCCGCUUCACUAAUCGCCGCCAGUGCCAAUCAAUUAUUUGCCAAUAAUCCAAUCUUACUGCAAGCAGCCGCUGCAGCCGCCAAUAAUCAUUUGAAUGCCGUCGGUCAUCAUCAUCAUCAUGCUCAAAAUGCCGGUGCUCUAAGGCGGUUUGUUACUAAACUUUCAUCGGUCUACUCGAAUCGUAAACGCUUUACUGAUCAAGAGAAGGCUGUCAUCUUCAUGGUUUCAUUUUUAUUCUUCACCUUUGUAUUUGCCACAUUAGUUAAAAUGUUUAUGCGUUAACCAACACGACUAUCGAUAUUAGACGGCAAUCAAGUGAGAUUGCUUUAACAGAUUUGUAAAACCGACAACUACAAUAGCCAAAACAAACAGAGGAGAGUGCAGCACUUUAUUCCUUAACAAGUUCUAUUUUACUGGAACGCGGAUGGAUAAGGGAGAAGGAAUAAGUAGAGGAGAAGAAUUUUUAUUUUUUAUUUUUAAAUAAGGUAACCAUAAAAAAAAGAUCUAAUGAACGGUUUCAGUAUAUGUCUUAGGAACACAAACAUUCCAAUUUUUAAAGUGCUUCAACAAUUAAUUAACUUUCAGUAUUUCUUAUAUAAUUUUCUUCUUCCUCUGCAAACAUGCCAUCUUACUUACGUACAUACAUUUUCCAUUUUAAAUAUAUACACUUGUGUGAGAAUAUUGAUAAUUAAUAAUUUCCUAUAGUUUCUGUCUUUCAAAUACCGGUCAACACCGUACUCUAUACAUGUUUUUUUUUUUUUUUUUGUUUUUCUUUUUUUUUUCUAUUUAAGAGUUUUUAAGCAAUUUAAGCAACACUUCACAUUUUGUACGAAAGUAAAGGAAAGGAAAUAAAAUUAUUUUAUGGUAGUCAGUCGGUAGUACACAUAGAAAUUCUCCCUCCUCUUUGCUCAGUAAAAGAAAGGAGAAGUGUUUUAAUGUAAUUUUUCUUUUUGCGUGUGAUUGUUUAGCAAAUAAAUUAAAUAGAAAA